AUGGAUUUUGAUGUUGAGCAAGACCCACCCUCGCCGACUUACCAACAAGAUUGCAGACGUAGAAAUUCUGUAUCGGUGUUACCUGCAAAUACUGUGGUAUACAGCCCGUCGGCUGUCAGGCAUUCUCCUCCUGGCUGCGAGUCGUUCUUGCCGUCCUUCCCGAUUUCAUUCGAGUGUCAGAAGGACUUGGAUCUUGAGACUUUCAGGCAGGCACGAGCGUGUGGAAUGACUCUCGAUACUAUCUCGGUGGCAAAGCCUCGUUCAAGACCGCAAAGUGCGGCUCUUGUCGAUGUCCAUAUAACCAGAAAAGAUGACUUAGGGGAUGAUCUAGGCAGUUUCCUCCGCUCCCCUGAUUUGCAUGACACAGGUUGCAAUGAAGGCACAUUGGCUGUCUCACACUCUAUGCCACGUUCCGUAGUUGACUAUGGCGGCCGAAAUGAACUCGUCAUCCCUGCAGUGUCGCCUGUUCCUAAUUCGCCGUCUUCCCCAUGUUUUUCUGCAACGUCCGGCUCACCAGCUUUUACUGCGAUUAAUCUCCAACCCGUGAAGCUUGCACCGUCUUUCAGUCCGGACAAGCAGUUGGCACGUGUCAAUAAUUUACUGAGGCGGUAUAACCAUGUCUUUUGCGGUGACGGCUUAUCAAAGCACCUCGCCUCAGUGACUGCUGAGAUGCUAAUUGACAUCGAGAAAUUAUUAGAUGAUCAUAGGGCGGAUUAUCAGUUCGAGGUAGAUGACAGGAUGGAGUGUGACGACGGAGAUUUGAGUCCCCUUAUAGACUUAGGCUCACUGGACAGGGGAGGGCUGAUGAUUGGGACAGACUGGAGGAAACCGACGGCAAUGAGGGAGGUGAUUCCACCCGAGCACAGUGUCUUCAGACAGCCUCUGUCCCGCACGCAUCGCUAUGCGUCAUGCGUACACACUUUGGCAGGUUAUCAAAAUGAUCUGCCUAUCGUAGUCCGUGCUUGUGUAGAGGAGCUAUACAGAACAGGGAUGACUGUCUCAGGUCUAUUCCGCACCGCACCUAGUCGGGCACGUCUGGACAAGCUCACCACAACUUUUGACAUCGGGCCUUCCUUCGGACGUUCGGUAUCUCUCCGCAAAGAGAAUACCGAAGACAUCUGUGCACUUCUGAGAAAAUAUAUCACUGGAUUGCCGCAUGCCAUUUGGCACGAGUCACUUUUUGAACCCAUGCUCGACUUAUGCGUGCGACCAAGUGUGUUGAUGGAAAAGGCACUAGCAGAAGCGGUCGAGGGAGAAGAUACUCGAGGUAUGUCUCCAGGGAGGGCAGCAGGCAUCACUCGACCGAGCUCCGUCAUCCUCCUCUCAACACCAACCCUUGGCGAGAAGAAACAGAAAUCUCCUCACCUUCGUUCGUCAUCAUUCCAUGAGGCGCUUCCCUUCAGCAAUUCCGUUCCUUCUAUAACAUUAUCAGCUAUGGCACAUGCGGAUAUCGACGCGAUUCGAGAACGGCCGCGACUUGCGCUGGCAAGAGCGUUUUUUAGGCUCUUACCACCCUCCCAUCUCUCGCUUCUCGUCUACCUAUGCUCGUUCUUCUCACAAUUACCGCUAUGUCCGCAUAACGAGCUCUCAAUUGAGGACAUCGCGCAGAUGUUUGCUGUGCCGUUGUUCUAUAGUAGACCGGAGGAUGUGAAUGAGGAUGCGUCGUGGCCGGUAAGGAAAGAGGAUGCGAGGAUGAUGAUGGUUUGGGUGUUGAAGAGGUGGACGUUCAUCUCGGAGGGGUUAUUUGACGUUGAUGAUGAUAUGGACUUAGAGUUGGAGUUGUUGAAUGAGGAUGGAGAGAGUGGUCUGACGAGUGCGACGCCUUCUGAUGGGUCUGACGGGUCUAGGUCUGCUUUUUCUGGUUUCUCAUAUCCUGGUUCGAGCAGUUCGAGGUCUUCGGUUCUCAUGGGUCCUUCAACUGGAGGAUCAGGACCAAGAUCAGGUUUGGGGGUGGACAGGAUUAAGACAGGCCGAUUGAAGUCUAGAGCUGGUUCUGGUAGUCCGUCCCACAAUGACAUUGAUAUACAGAUUUGGAAGAGUCACGUCGAGAAGGACUUGGACGAGCUUCGUCGGACGCUGAUUGAGGUGCAGACUCGACUUGGGAGGUAG